AUGAAGGACAUCUCCUCGGUCGAGACCCUCGUUAUCCCCGCCGACGUUACCGUCGCCAUCAAGGCCCGCAAGGUCACCGUCACCGGUCCCCGCGGUACCCUCCAGAAGAACGUUGGCCACGUUCAGAUGGACAUCCAGAUCGUCAAGACCGCCAAGGACAACAAGAUCGUCUUCACCAUCUGGCACGGUGGCCGCAAGCACGUUGCUUGCCUCCGCACCAUCAAGUCGGCUGUCGAGAACAUGAUCACCGGUGUCACCCGCGGCUUCCUCUACAAGAUGAAGCUCGUCUACGCGCAUUUCCCCAUCAACGCCAUCCCCUCGGACAACGGCGAGUCGCUCCAGAUCCGCAACUUCCUUGGCGAGAAGAUCGUCCGCGAGUGCCCCAUGCUUGAGGGCACCAAGGUCUCGCUCUCCGAGAUCAAGGACGAGCUCAUCCUCCAGGGCAACGACAUUGAGAAGGUCUCGCAGUCGGCCGCCUCGAUCACCGACAAGUGCCGCGUGAAGAACAAGGAUAUCCGCAAGUUCCUUGACGGUGUCUACAUCUCGGAGCGCACCAACGUUGUCCAGGAGGAAUCAAAGGACGUUGCAAUUGUCGUUCUUCCCACCUGUUCUUGUAUUAUCACCACCAAAACGUACGGCAACAUGUCGUCAAAUCCCGAACUUUUCCCGUCCCUUGGCGAUGUUGCGGACCGCACCGACGCGUCCAACGGCGUUGAGGGCGAGGAGCUCACGGACAUGCAGACCGUCGAGUCGCUGUGUAUGCGCUGUCACGACCAGGGCACGACCCGCCUUCUCCUCACCACCAUCCCUUACUUUAAGGAGAUUAUUGUCUCGUCAUUCUACUGCGAGCACUGUGGCUUCCGCGACACUGAGAUCCAGUCGGCUGGCGAGAUCCAGCCCAAGGGCUGCACCUUUACCGUCCACAUGCUCUCGCGCGAGGACCUCGGCCGCCAGCUCGUGAAGUCGAACUGGGCGACCGUCACCAUCCCCGAGUUCCAGCUCACCAUCCCUCCUGGCCGUGGCCAGCUGACGACUGUCGAGGGCCUCAUCCGCGACACGGUCCGUGACCUCGCCAUUGAGCAGCCCGUUCGCCGCAUUGUCGACCCCGAGACUGCUGCCAAGAUUGACGCGCUCCUCAAGCCCCUCCGCGACAUUCUCGACAUUGACGAGAGCGACGAGGAUGGAGCUGCCGGCCGCGACGGCGACACCGAGGUCAUGGUCGAGCAGGACCGCGACACCGGACGCCCCUUUGUCCCCUUCUCCAUCCAGGUCGACGACCCUUCAGGCAACUCGUACCUCGCCUUCAAGGAGUCGCCUGCCGACCCCCAGUGGAACCUCCGCGCGUACAACCGUACCAACGAGCAGAACGUCAAGCUCGGCCUUGUCGCCGAGGGUGCCGAGACCACCGAGGCGGAGAAGCUCGAGUCGGCCGCCGCUGCCACCGACGCCAUGCACCGCGCUCGCGCCGUCAAGCCCGAGGACGGCUCGACUGUCCCCGAGGAGGUCUUCUCGUUCCCCUCUACCUGCAUGUCGUGCGGUCACGAGCAGGAGACUCUUAUGAAGCCCAUCAACAUUCCUUACUUCAAGGACGUCAUCAUCAUGUCGACCAACUGUUACGCAUGUGGUUACCGUGACGUCGAGGUCAAGUCGGGCGGCAAGAUCUCCGAGAAGGGCAAGCGCAUCACCCUCAAGGUCGAGGCCGGUGACGAGGACGCUCUCUCGCGUGACAUGCUCAAGUCGGACACUUGCGGUCUUGAGAUUCCCGAGAUUGACCUCGCCCUCCAGCCGGGCACCCUGGGCGGUCGCUUCACCACCCUCGAGGGUAUCCUCAACGAGAUUUACGACGAGCUCUCCACCAAGGUCUUCCGCACUGGUGACUCGGCCACUGCCGGUGUCGGCCAGAUUGGCCGCGAGGACCCCGAGGCCCGCGGCUUCGCCGACUUCCUCCAGGGCCUCAAGGACGUCAUGGCCGUCAAGCGUGACUUCACCUUGAUCCUCGACGACCCCGUCGCCAACUCGUACCUCCAGAACCUCAACGCUCCCGAGCCCGACCCGGACAUGGAGAUUGACGAGUACGAGCGCACCAAGGAGCAGAACGACGACCUCGGUAUCUCGGACAUGGUCCUCGAGGGCUACAACGAGGAGGCCGAGGGUGCCCCCACCGCCCUGGAGGCGAAGACCGAGUAG